AUGAGGUUUGCAUUUGCUCCCAAAACCAGCCUACCCAUUUUAGAAUUUCGUAUGGUAAACUCUUGUAAUGGUUUACUUUGUCUGUCUGGAGAAAGUAGAGAUGACCCUUUGUAUGUGUGCAAUCCAAUUUUGGGUGAGUUCAUCACCAUCCCACCGAACGACAAGGCCAGGUACAGGGCCCCUCUUGAUGGAUUUGGUUUUAGCGUUGAGACGAAUCAGUACAAGGUGUUGCAAUCUUUUUAUCCGAUGGUCGAUCCAGAGUGUCGCUCAAUCGACUACCUUGAGGUUGAGAUAUACACCAUAGGAACGGGAGUUUGGAGAAGCAUUGGAAAUGCUCCUAGUGACUUUCUUAAGUUUCCCUUCAGUGCUCUUCUCCAUGGAGCUCUUCAUUGGGUCUCCCUUGCUGUUGAAAGUGCUAAAUGCAUACAUUCUUUCAGCUUUGAAACCGAGCAAUUUCGAUCACUACCCUUGCCUAGCAACUAUGGAAGAGUAGAGAGAGAAUUUCAUGAUCUUUUAAAGUUGGGAGUAUUAGGAGGUUGUCUUGUUUUAUGUGUGUUUGGUGGUUGUGCUUCCAGGGAACUUGACAUGUGGGUUAUGAAAGAUUACGGUGUCCAAGAAUCUUCUUGUUAUUGA